GGUCCUGACGAGGACGGACCUGUGUGAUGUGGAGUGGACCCGGGUCCAAAGGAGUCGUGUGAGCGCGUGUCGCCGCCUAAUCAUUAACCCGCCAGCUGCCGCGUGGGCGGCCGUCGCGCUCCACGCGGCAGUUGGGAGCCGCGGGCAUGGAGGAGCGCAGGCAGGGGCUGAGCCUGAGGAGGGAAGUGGGUCUGCUGGGCGCCGUCUCGCUCAUCGCAGGGACCAUGAUCGGCUCCGGGAUCUUCAUGUCCCCGCAGACGGUCCUGCUGACCAUCGGCAGCCCCGGAGCCAGCCUGCUGGUCUGGGCCUGCUGCGGCCUGCUGGCCAUCCUCGCCUCCUGCUGCUACGCCGAACUGGGCACCGUCAUCAGAGAGUCCGGCGGCGAGUACGUCUACAUCCUGCGAACGUCCGGCGCGCCCGUGGCUUUCAUGCUCAUCUUCAGCUCGGUUCUGUUCGUGAGGCCCGCCGGAGUGGCGGGGAUCGCGCUCAGCUUCGCUCAGUACGUGGUGAGCCCCUUCUACCCGGAGUGCGCCCCUCCGGUGCUGGUGGUGAAGUGCGUGGCGGCCGCCGCCAUCCUGGUGCUGGCCGCCGUCAACUGCCUGGACGUGCGCUUCUCCAUGGCGCUGCAGGUCUUCUUCCUGCUCGCCAAGGUUCUGGCCUUGGCGCUCAUCAUCACAGGGGGCGUGGUCAUGCUCGUCGGCGGGCACACGGGCACCUUCCAAAACUCCUUCGAGGGCACCAACGUGGGCAUCAACUCCGUGGGCAUCGCCUUCUACCAGGGCCUGUGGUCCUACGACGGCUGGAACAACCUCAACUACGUGACCGAGGAGCUCAAGCGGCCCGAGGUCAAUCUCCCCAGAGCGGUUGUGAUCGCCAUUUCGCUGGUGACUGGUUUGUACCUGCUGGUCAACAUCAGCUACCUGACCGUGAUGACGCCGAAAGAGCUGAUCUCCUCCAGCGCCGUGGCAGUGACGUGGGGGAACAAGGUUCUGGGCAGCUGGGGCUGGAUCAUGUCUGUCGCCGCCGCUCUGUCUGCUUUCGGAUCCCUCAACGGGACCUUCUUCAGCGGCGGCCGGGUUUGUUUUGUGGCUGCCAGGGAAGGGCACAUGCCAGACAUUCUGGCCAUGGCUCACGUCCACAGACUGACUCCAUCUCCUGCGCUCAUCUUCACCACCGUCGUCUCGCUGGUGGUGCUCAUCCCCGGAGACUUUCAGAGCAUCGUCAACUUCUUCAGCUUCACGGCCUGGUUUUUCUACGCCAUCACUCUUUCUGGACUCAUCUACCUGAAGAUCAAGAAGCCACAUCUCCCUCGGCCUUACAAGGUGCCCAUCAUCCUGCCCAUCCUGGUCCUCAUUGCGGCGGUGUUUUUGGUGCUGGCGCCCGUCAUUGACCAACCUCAGAUUGAAUACCUCUACGUGACUUUGUUCAUUUUUAGCGGGGUCCUGGUUUACAUCCCUCUCAUCCACUUCCAGCUGUGUCCCGGGCUCUUGAGCAGAGUGACAGUCUUCCUGCAGUUAUUCCUGGAGGUUGCACCGGCAGAGAAGAACCUGUGAUCCCAAGGUGAAUCCUUGUCUACGCCGAGGACCAUGAAUCACAGGCUCGCCGUCCUUCAGGUUGCACUUUAUGUAUCGAUGACACUCAUGGAGCGAAUCAUUAAAGAGUCACUGAUGUGACAGUGACGACGCUGCAGGAGAAUCCUCCAAACACCCGUCAGCGUGAAGGUCUUCGACUGCCAGCAGUCCAGGGGAGCCGAAGGAAAAACAAGACAGGAACUUGUCUCUCAUUCAAACAAAUGGCGUUUUAUGCAACAGUCACACGACAACCAUAAAAACAUCCACCAGACUACCGCAAAAACCGCACCAUCUUUCCUUCUCUCAGGAAACGGCAUCCGUGGAGCGGUUCCUCUGAGGAGUCACUCGGGGUCCGCUCUGCUCUCGGUGCCGGCGGCAUCUUUUUGACUGUGCGUGCUGCUGCCCCCUUCUGUCGAUA